AGCUUUUAUCUUUAACCGCUAAACUUCUCUGUUGCAACAUGAACUCCGUACUCGUUACCUUGUCAUUGCUGAGCUUGUUGGUUGUAUGCGAUGCCUGGUUUCUCAAUCUGAAAUCUGACAAAAAUGAGAAAACGGCCAAAGUGACACCAGCAUCGAACACACGUAAGGUGAUUCUCGUAGCCAGGAAGGUCUACGUGCCGAUGUACGCCUCCGACGACACUUCAUCAGACAUGUCUGGCCGUUUGUUGCCCGUCUCUCCUGUACUGGCCACUUCUGGAGCUGUGAUGGGAGGACAACAACAACCGUUUGACUAUUCGUCGAUGUAUUAUCAACCUCCCGUUGUUGCGUAUGCCAUGUCAGGUCCAGCCUCAGGAGAUGUGUCAGCAGCCUACACAGCUCCUUCAGCCUAUGCUGCCCCAGUUCCAGUACCUGCCAAUGUAGACGUAGCUAUGCAGCCUUAUGCAUUCUAUCCUGGUGGAUAUGGUGCUGCUGGCCCACAAUACGUGCAAUAUGCUAGUGCAGCAUCAGCACCUGAGACAUGGGUGAUGCAGUACGCCGGUGGUGAGGCUGUUCCAGCUUGGCCUUAUUCUCCAACGGGAGCUGACGGCGAGACGGUCACCCAGGAACUUGCUGCCUCGGUACAGCCAACUGAAGCGUAUCCAAGUGUUUGACCGCAUUCAUAGUGCAUAGUUUUUUUUUACCUUGUUUUAAUCUAUUUUUCCAAAAAUGACUAGUGACAACUUGCUUGUAAAUACGCAAUACAUUACACUCGCGUUAUGUUGACAA